AUGGCCGGCCUCCACACAGCGGGGCACCCGCCCUCCACGAGCUCAAGCACGUCCUCGAACCCGCGUUUUACCCCGAUUUCCUACGGAUCAGAAGAAGAAAUACCAGAAUCCGGCCCUGCAAAGUCCCCGAUCCUACCGCUGCGCGUACAAACCAACUUCCAGGACUAUCCGGACGUUGGCGACGCUUUCUCCGAUAUCGAAAACGAGAGCAGAUACAACGAAAGCGAAGAGCUCGAAGGCAAGCUUCCGAAUGCCGGUGCAGCGCCAAAUUAUACGCCAGAAGAGGAGAGUCAGGUAGUGAAGAGGUUCGAUCGACGGCUGGUCCCUUUCCUGGCCCUUCUCUAUUUGCUCUCCUUCUUGGAUCGCUCCAAUAUCGGAAACGCAAAGAUCGCUGGACUUAAGGAUGAUCUCAAACUCUCCUCGUCACAAUAUGAAUGGCUACUCACCUCCUUUUAUAUCACUUACAUUCUGUUCGAAUGGAUGACACUUAUGUACCGUGUUGUGCCUCCACAUAUCUACAUCUCGCUGUGUGUAUGUGGAUGGGGACUUAUUGCAUCAUUUCAGUGUCUAGCAACUUCCUUUGAAGGGUUAAUGGUGCUCCGUGCCUUGCUUGGGAUCACCGAAGCUGCUUUUGCUCCAGGCGUCCCGUUCUACCUAUCUUUGUUUUAUCAGCGCCACGAGCUGGCUUUCCGAAAUGGAUUGUUCAUCUCGGCGGCACCGCUUGCAACAUCGUUCGCUAGUAGUCUAGCCUACCUGAUCGUGAAAACCAGCAACAAUGGUCCAAUCUCGCCUUGGCGUACCUUGUUUCUCGUUGAAGGUUUCCCCAGUGUGAUCGUGGCUGUUUUUGCUUGGUUCUUGAUACCCGACUCGCCUGAUCGCGCGGUAUUUCUUACCCCUCGUCAGAGGAUGGUGGCUCAGAAGCGUCUCGAGAGCAAGGUCGACUAUCAAAAGUCCCGUGGAAGUCGAUUCAAUUGGCGUGAAAUUUUAAAGACGGCAUCGGACCCAAAGGCGUACAUGGCUGCGUUGAUGUUUUUCAGUUGUAACGUUGCUUUCAGCUCCAUGCCCGUCUUUUUGCCUACCAUCAUUCUAGAUAUGGGUUAUACACCGCUUCAAGCCCAGGCUCUCUCCGCGCCACCCUAUCUCGUUGCAUUCGUCGUGGUUCUCAUCACCGCAUAUGCCUCGGAUCGCAGUCGGUCCCGCAGCCCGUAUCUUAUUGGCCAUGCCCUUGUUUCCUCCCUUUCCUACUUGACCAUUGCAGUAACUGGAUAUUCCCAUGCGCACUUGCCGCAGUGGCUCCAUACGCUCAUUCGAUAUUUCUGUGUCUACCCAGCUACGGCUGGGUUCUUCUCUGCAAUCACCAUUGUCAUCACCUGGUCAAUGGAUAAUCGAGUUGAAAAGGAAGGCAAGGGUGCAAGCAUUGUUAUUCUCAACAUCAUCGGUCAGUGUGGCCCUCUCCUUGGAACCAGACUUUAUCCAGAGUCAGAUGGGCCAUGGUAUAUUCGUGGCAUGACGAUAUGUUCAUUCUUUAUGGUUGUUGUGGCGCUUUUGGCCAUAGGAUUGCGGAUUAUGUUCCAGCGAAUGAACCGUGCUGCUGCCGAGACUACUUAUACUAUUAUUGAACAGGCUGGUCCUGCAGAUCAGGGUGAAGAGCAAGAUGAGCUCAUGGGUGGUGGAAGGAGGAAGGAUCUCGAUCAAUCUACUGGCGAUAGAGGUCUUGUUUAUAUGAUAUAA